ACGCGGAGCGCAGCAUUCACCAUCCCCUCCCUGAAACAGCGGUCCCCGAAGUGCUCCACAGGCAGGGCCGAGCUGGGCAAGGGGGAGCCCAGCCCCUGCACGGGCCGCCCUGAGCGGCGGAGACGCAGGAAGAGCUCGCCGGCUCCACCAGCCCCUACCCCAGAUGCGGGACCUCAGACCAGCGAGGACCUGGAGCCCCCGCCCCACGGUUGCCAGGAGGCGGACAGGGGCAGCUCCUGGGGGGCUACCGCCCCGAGGCCAUUCCGCCAGAACUUGAGCGACCUGGGAAGGCGCAGUGCCCUGCCCUUGAAGAGGAACCUGUGUCCUGGAGGCAGCAGCCUGGGAGCUCCUCCUCCGAGGACACGGCAGAGGCGAGUGACUCUGGCGGCGCAGGGCUGGCUUUCCCGUCCACGGAGGAGAGCUGAGGGGCUGGGUGAGCUGGACCAGGAAGCACGGCUGGCUGCUCUCGGCCUCCGAUGGGGAGUGGACAGCUUAGGGGGUUGCCGCCGUGCCAGCCGGCCUGCUGGCCACUCUGGGCUUCAUCACAGCCUCACCUGCCUGCGCAGGCACCUAGCACUGCAGGCUGGAGCUUCUGGCCAUGCUGGUCAACUUCCCCAACGAGCCUCUGCUGCCUGGGAACAGCAAGGCCAGAGCUACACCGCCCUGCACUUGGCAGCCAUGUACCUUGGAGAUGGUGAAGCUGCUAGUGGGGACAUAGGACGCCGAUGUGGAUAUCAGGGACUACAUUGGGAAAAGGGCCUCCCAGCAUGUGAGUCAGAGCAUCACAGAAGAGAUUGAGACCCUGAUGGGAGUCCUGGACAAGGACGAUGGGGAGAGCACCGCCAGCAGCGGGGGUGGGUACUGGAAGAUUUAAAAGCUGCCCCCUCCAUCUCACCACCUACAAACUCUCACACGUCCUGGAAGAUGGGUGGACCCUCUCCACCAUCACCACUUGGCUGAAGGUGGUCCAGACGUGAAGCCAAGGAUUCCAGGGCGCACAGCCUCGGGCAGGACUAAUGGACUUAAAAAACACAGGCUCAACAAAAUCCACUUCACAACCCAGAUGGUUCACAUCACACCCUCUUUCAGG